CCCAGUGAAUCUGACAUCACAAUACAAUAACAAAAACACUAAAAGGUGGAAUUUGGCGCUAAAAUACAUUUCCCGCUUUUAGAUAAAUUUCGUUUUGGAAUUGAGUUCUUUCGAUAAACAUAAUUCCGACAAUUUAUGCAAUUUAAAUUAAAUAACUUAUUGUGAAAAAAAGGAACCCUUUCUACAACAUUGCAAAGCAGAUAAUUUGUUAUAUUCUUUUUGAUCAGUAUGCCUGGCAAACAACGUUCUAAACCAAGAUUGACUAGGAAAGAAAAGAAAGCUCAAGUUUCAUCUUUGGUGGAAUCAGCUAAAGAAGCAACUAAUCUCUUAUCUUCCUUAACAGAAUGGACAACAUACAAAAAGCAUGGCUUAGAUCUCAAAAUAGAGUAUAAAAAUUCUUCAGAUUUGUUACCAACUGAAUUGAAACAGAUAUUUAAUCUACUUAAGACCAAUAUGCAACAUUUAUAUGAAAACAGUGAAUGGGGAUGGAAUGAAGAUGCCAAAUCAGAAGAACUUACAGAUAAAGAUGCAAGAUAUUUGAUUGUCAAAGAUUCUAAUGAUGAAAUAGUUGGAUUUUCUCAUUUUCGAUUUGAUGUUGAAGUUAACUAUCCAUUAUUAUAUUGCUAUGAGUUACAGAUUAGCAGCAACAUCCAGAGAAAAGGUUUAGGAAAACAUUUAAUGAAUAUUUUGUCUUUACUGGCAUACAAGUUUAAACUUGUAAAAAUUCUCUUAACUGUAUUUAAAGAUAAUACUGCUGGACUCAAUUUUUAUAGAGAUUCCCUUGGUUUUGGACGAGAUGAAUCAUGCCCAUAUGACGAAGAAGAGAAAUGUUACCUUAUUCUCAGAAAAUCAAUUGACAAAGAAGAAAUUAGUAAAAUUAAAUGUUAAUAUGUUGUAUAUCCUUUUAUAAUAAUAA